AAACGCUCGGCCCGCUCCAACCCCAUUCCCGACCCAAACAAACCCAACCUCGCGCAAGAUUUCCCACCCGCGACCCGGUGAACACAGAUCACGCACGCGGCCGCAGCCGCCAAUGCCACCUGCCGCUGUCGGCUGCCACUGCUGCCGGCGGCCAACUCCUAUUCGCUGACCGCCGCCGCCCGUGCCCGCCAUGCCCCGCCUCCUCGCCCCGCUCCCCUCCCGCUCGCGCCGCCGCCGCCUCCUCGCCAUUCUGUCGAACACCUUCUCGGCGUCCACAGCCUCACCACACCGCGCGCCGCCCCCGCCGCCGCCGCCGCUGCCGCAGCUCUCCCCGCUGCUCCCCCGGACCGCGGAGUCCUACGCCUCCAUCUCCGAGGCCGCGUCCGGCAUCGCCGUCUCCUUCCGCGACUGGUUCCUCGCGCCCCGCGCCGCCGAGCCGCUCGCCGCCCUCGACUCGAUCUACGAGGCCCUCGCCUCGGACGACGCGGCGGCGCUCGAGGCGCUCCCGCUCUCGGAGGAGCUCGUCCUCUCGGUGCUCCGCCACCGCCCGCGGAGGCUCCCCGACGGCGACGCGGUUCUGCUGCUCCGCCUCAAGUUCUUCGACUGGUCGGGCCGCCGCCCGCACUACCUCCACACGCGCGCCGUCUACCAUGCCGUCUUCCGCCUGCUCUCGCGCGCGCGCCGCGCCUCUGUGGUGCUCGACUGGCUCCGCCUCUUCACCACCACCUCCGCGUCCACCGGGCAGCCGCGCUUCCAUCAGACGCUCGUCGUAGGCUACGCCGUCGCGGGCGACCCCCAGCGCGGGCUCAGCGUCCUCGGCCGCAUGCGCUUCCGCGGCAUGGACCUGGAUGCCGUCUCCUCCCGCAUACUCCUCAACUCACUUGUCGAUGCGUCAUUCCACGACUUGGCCGACUCCUUCGCCCGCAACCUUGCUGCUAGUCCCGUUGCAACCUGCAUCCGCAUCAAGAGCCUGUGCCGCCGCGCCCGCUUCAGCGAUGCCACUGCACUACUUGACACCCUCCCUUUCGCCGAAGCAUCCAGAGGCCCCGCCGCUGGCUCUAUUGUCACGGAGUUCUGCCGGCGUGGGCGCUUUGACGAGGCAGCCCAGAUUGUUGGUAAAUUCUCGUCAUGUGAUGUGUACGGCGCGUGGAUCCAUGGUCUCAUUGAGGCUGGGAUGCUUGAUACUACAUUGCAGUUCCUUUCUGAUAAGAAGGAGGCUGAGGGAUAUAUCCCUGAUGGUCAGCGGUAUGAUAAGCUUGUGCACCGCCUUCUCCGCAAGAACAGACUUGGUGAAGUUUAUGAUUUGCUUGUGGAAAUGAUGGAGGAGGGCAUUGCUCCAGGCCGUUCAACCAUGAAUGCCGCGCUUUGCUUCUUUUGCAAAGCCGGGCUUGUGGAAGUUGCCAUGCAUUUGUAUAGAUCAAGAUUGGACCUUGGGAUUAACCCAAACAAGGAUGUCUACAACAAUCUGAUCAGGGCACUGUGCCGAGGUGGGGCCACAGAAGAGGCUUGUCUGGUACUGGAACAGUCUAUGGAAAAUGGAUACUUUCCUGGCCGUCAGACAUUUGCAAUGUUCGCAAAUGUGCUGUGUCAGGAAGGGAAGCUAGAUAAGGUGAGGGAGCUGCUCGAUAGGGCUCUCAAGCAGGAGGCGUGGCCAAUGGACAAUGUAUUAGCCAAGUACCUUGUUGCAUUGUGCAAGAGUGGGAAUGUGGAUGAGGCAUGUAAAGUGCCUCAGAUAGCGAGCAGCAAGAACCCUGCGGGCCUAUAUCGCUAUGAAUCAACUUACAAGAGCUUGAUCAGAGCAUUAAUAUUGAUUAGGAGGGUGGAUGUGCUCCCAAGGCUCAUACUCGAAAUGCAAGAUAUGGGACACAUCCCAACCCGAAGCCUCUACCAGUCGGUUGUUUGUGAAUUGUGUGAGCUGAGUAAGUAUGGUGAGGUUCUUGAGCUGCUGGAAAACCAGUUGCGGAGGAGUGAACUCCAACCCCGUGUGUGCUAUAACUACUUCAUCUCUGGGGCUGGACAUGCUAAGAAGGCUGAUGUGGCCAGGGAGGUGUACAGCCGGAUGGAGUCUGCAGGGAUUGAACCAUCUGUCGAAAGCAAUAUCCUUCUUCUCAUGAGUUAUCUGAGGAGUAAGCGUAUUGGUGACGCACUGACUUUUUUCAACUUCAUUCAUGAGAAGAAGCCACCUGGGACCAAGAUGUAUAACGUAUUUAUAUCUGGUCUAUGUGAAGCUCGGAAGCCAGAGCAGGCAAUGGUAUUUUGGAGGGAAGCAAGGGACAAAGGAUUAAUACCGAGCAUCGACUGCUAUGAACAGCUUGUGCUCCUUUUGAGCUCUGUUCAAGAUUAUGACAGUGUUGUGAAGAUUAUUGAUGAUUUCAGGGAAACAGGGCGCCCUGUUUCAGCGUUCUUGUGUAAUGUGCUUCUGUUGCACACACUGAGGGGCAGCGAUCUUCUCAAGGCUUGGGCGCGUUCAGAAGAUAAAUCCGGGUCUCUUGAAGCAAGCGCUGGAGAGAUCAAAGGUCGGGGUGCAGGACGAUUCUUGAUUGGCCAACUUAUCGAGUUGUUUGCAAGCGGUAUCAGGAACAGGAGUGACUUGGAGGUUUUAGAAGAGGGUCUAGAACAGUUCUUUCCUGUCGACAUUUAUACUUAUAACAUGCUGUUACGAGGAUUGAGCAUGGCAGGGAGGAUGGAUUCUGCCUGUAACAUGUUCGAAAGACUCUGCCAAAGGGGCUAUCUACCGAAUCGAUAUACUUUUGAUAUAAUGGUACAUGGCUUCUGCAAGCAUGGCAGCAGAAGUGAGGCUGAAAGGUGGAUGGAGGCAAUGUACCGAAACGGGUUCUAUCCCACUUGGUACACUAUGAGGUUAUACAACAAUACAUCCUUGCGACCACAUGAUCAGUAGGCCAUUUCAUUUGUAUAAGUAAUAAUUACAUAUCUCAUCACAUCCGUCUGUUGAUCUGAAAGUCCUAUGACUUUGCCAAAACAGGCACUCAUUUUGGGGAUCAAACAUAUUUUCAUGUGGAGCAUAUUCCUAAACUUAACAUAUAGCAUCCUGAGAUUCACACCUCACCUGGCACGGCAUAGCAUGCGUAGGUAUCAGUUUACAUGUAACAUUGAUACUUGAUGUAUUCUACUAGCUCGACAUAGUUUUGCGGUUUGUGCUGUUUACCUGGUGUAACAAUAAUAAUUCAGUCCCCACUGAAUCAGUAUAUUAUAAGCAAUGCAGGUUCCUUAUCAUGGCAUCAUCAUUAUCUAGAAGCUUAGCAUAGCACUGCGAAUAGAUCGAAGGCAGGUAGCUGGUCCAAAUUAUUCUUUAGGUGUGCUUCGAGAUCCAGUGGCUGUACACCUUGCAAGGUUGAUCUGCUUAUAUAUGGUGCAAAGCUGUUUAGGCGACGAUGGACUAGGCUCUCUUUUUUCGCUGGCAAGUCCAGAAUGAAAUUGGAUGGAUAUGUAUGCUGCAUUUAUAGUUAUAUUGUGCUAGAAAGAUAGGAAGAGUUCGAUGUCCAUCAGUUUGUGGUUUCGGAGAUUGCUUACCGACUUUCAUUCAUAUCUGUAAAGAUCAAGGGUGCCGAAGUCUUCAUUGAUCCAAACACGUUUUG